GGUGAUCACAUAACCUUGGGACACUGCAGUUGUCAUAAACACCUGCAAGUUGCCAAACAUCCAAUUGUGGAUCACAUGAGCAUGGGUGUUGCUAUGAGUGUCACAAGUGUCCAAAGUCACUUUUGAGUGUCCAAAGUCACUUUUUGAGGUGCCAUUGCAACUUCAGUCACUAAACAAGUGGUUAUAAGUGGAGGACUGCUUGUAAUCUUCCUGCCCACCCUCAACCCCCUGAAUCUUUCCCCAAUAACCUCUCCACCAGCCUGAGGGCCCCCUCCUCAUUUUCCAAGUCACCCACUUUUUACAUAUGUGGGGGGUGGGGGUUCAGUCACAUGGUCACUUCGACUUCCUUUUGACAGAUGCUGAUUUUACUCUUCCAAAUAAGGCAGAAAAAUUAUCUGUAGGUUCAAUAUAUUUGAACAAAUAGAUAUGUAGUUUUAACAAUUUGGCAAUUUGGGCUUUAACUUUUAAUGACUGAGUUAUUUUGAAUUUAUAUAAAACCUACAGUAUUAAAAAUUAACUGUAAAAAAAUGAAGUGAAUAUGGUAGAAUCUAUCAUCUUUUCUCCAAGUUUUUAUUAGAAGAAAGGCAACUUUAUAUGACUGAAUAGUAUAAUAUUCAUCUGCAAACAUAAUUAAAUUGCACUUUAUCCAGAAGAUGAUGUGAAUGUAUUUGCUGUUUCUGUGAAGGGCCAACUGGACUAAUUAUUUCAUUAUCUUUCAGAUAGUAGAUAAAGGAUUGACAGUAUAAAUUAACUCAUCCUAAAUUAUACAACUCAUGCAGAAAAAUCAAACUGCCUACUACUGUGUUAUGUGACUGGAGCAAGCUGUUGAUUUCUAGCUGCAGUCAAAUUUAUAAACUUGCCUUUUUUUCAACUGCUCUAAAUUUUUCUUACCUUGUUUUUAAAUUGUUCUUAUUUUUAUCCUUAUCAAAUUUCAUUGCCCUUGUUAAAAUUAGUAAGAUAACAUGAAUGUUGCUCCUCAGUUAAAAUGAGUUUAGAAGUUCAAGAAAUUCUAAACCAGUAUUUGCAGAUCCAAAUAUGUGUGAUUCCGCGGAGAACACUGUUUUUGCACUGUUGGUGAAAUGUUUCAAGUGAAAUAAAUUGCUAACGCUUGGUAAGACGUCUCAUAACUCCUGAAGUCGCAAAGUUUGACUACUAGUCUGAUGCAUUCAAAUCCGACCUUGAACUCCCCGUUUCGGAAGCCUGCUCUCUGCGAUCGAUUGCUACAGUCUCUCGAGCCUUAACCUGGAGUAUCUUGACUUGAAAAGAAGGGCACCGAGCUUUAGUCCCGACGUUCAAGCGGCUCGUGCAAAGAGUCCGGACAUUCCCGGGGAGUCCAUCAUGUGGCAAAGAGUGAUGGGCAGAGCGUGGGAGUUCCGCCUGGUGUCUUUGCGCGGGCCGGGCCACCCUUUGGGGAAGAUCUUUCCCAAAAGCUGUGACCGAAGAGGACUAAUAACGAUGUCGGUCACUCCGGCUGUAGGCUUGGCUGAUCAGCCCGCCAAAGUGGCGAUCGAAGGACUGGCGCCUUUGCAGGGAGUGACGCUCCGGGCUCUAGUAGUGAACGGGCAGGGCAGCCUCUUCGACGCCUGCGCGCAUUACCAAGCGGACCAGCAGGGGAGAAUAGACCUGUCCAGAGAUGUUUGUAGGGGAGGGGAUUAUGUCGGCGUUGAGCCCAUGGGGCUGUUUUGGAGCCUGUCCCCCGCUACCAUGGAGAAGCCCUACCAAAGGCUGGAGCCCGAGGACGUGGAGAGUCCCGUGAAAGUGCAGAUCACGGUGCAUCAGGAAUAUAGUCAGCCCGGGGCCAUCCCCGGACAGGUGCUUGCUCAAACGAGCGUGGAGAGGUGGUUCACUCUUCCUGGCGUGAGAAGGAUUAGGUUGAAGGAAGGUGCGAUAAGAGGCAGUUUAUUCCUUCCGCCAGGGAACGGCCCAUUUCCAGGUGUGAUAGACAUGUUUGGUGACGAAGGUGGGUUAAUCGAAUUCCGAUCCAGCCUUCUGGCAACCCAUGGCUUUGCAGCUCUUUCCUUGCCAUAUUUUAAUUUUGAGGAUCUCCCAAAAGCCAUGGAUGAUUUCCAUCUUGAAUAUUUUGAAGAGGCAGCCAGGUUUUUGUUGCGCCAUCCGAAGGUUAAAAAACCAGGAGUUGGUGUUAUUGGAACUGGGAAAGGAGGAGAACUGGCUUUGUCAAUGAUGACCUUCCUUCCAGAAGUAGUGGCUGCUGUCUGCAUUUCUGGCUGCUGUUCGGUCACCGCCACUGCCCUUCAUUAUGGAAAAGAGACUCUGCCUGGGCUUUGCUUUAAUAUGAGCAGGAUCAAGAUUUUGGACAAUGGAAUAUUUGAUAUUUAUGAGGCUUUGGAUGACCCAAGGAAUCCAGCCAAUUCACAGUCCCGGAUCCCCAUUGAAAAGGCAGAAGGCCACUUCCUUUUUGUGGUUGGAGAAGAUGAUCACAAUUGGAAGAGCUCCUUGUAUGCUGAAAUAGCUACUACAUGCCUACACCAGCAUAAGAAGGCCAAUUUUAAUCUCUUGAGCUACCCUGGAGCAGGCCAUCGAAUUAAUCCAUCUUUUUCUCCUGUUUGCCUGGUAGCUUUAGACCGUGUUCUAGGGGUGCCUAUUCUGAGUGGUGGAGAGAACAAAGCUCACGCCCAUGCGCAGGAACAUUCCUGGGGAAAGAUUCUUGAGUUCCUGAAUUUGCACUUGAAAUGAGCAGGUGGAUCGUUGAACACUGAAAUUGAGAGGAAAAAGUUCCAAAGAAGACAAAGAAAUAGUCAGAAACUGAGCAAGAAGGAUGGGCAGAGAUAACAUAUAAAAUAUAUGCCUUGGGUUAUAUUAUGAACAGAAUAGAUAACAAAAUGAGGUUAGUUCAGAUGGAGUGGUCAAAAGUAUAUUUUUUUCAGAAAUGUAAUUUAGUACUGCAGCGAAGAAUCACUUUGUUUAUAGUAUUACAAAUGUCAGUUAACUCCUAAAACAAUGCAACAAAUUACGCACAGCCAACAGCACCAAGUGUGGCUUCUGCCAUUUUGAGAUCAUAUAUCCAAAAUAUAACCAUUUCCUGCCGUCUGGCAAUUUUAUGUUUUUGGAAUAUAACUUCAGCACACAUAGCAAGUACUGUAUUGUUACUUGAAUAGAGAACACAAAUGAGAGGUGGAUAUUAUAAUUUACAAUGCUAUAUGAAGUUGCCUGCAAAGGGUAUUAGCCAAUUUAUUAUGAAAGAUGACAGGUUUUCUUUAGCUGGUAAUCAAAUUAUACUGACUUUUACAACACAGAUACCUUUUUUCAUAAGAUACCAAGACAGAUUACAGCUUAUAUAAGUCUAGCAAAAAUCAACCUUGCCAAAAGUUCCAAAAUCUUUAGUUGGAAUCAGAUUUUUAAAAAACAACAUA